UCACUCGAGUCGCGCCGCUGUAGUCGCCAUAUUGUUUGCGGUCUUCGCGUUCGUCGGUCCUCUUGUGCCAAUCGGUAGUUUUCGUUUUCGGUAUUGUGUUAGUGAGGAAUAGUUAACAAAAUUUCGCGAAAAGGCGGCAUGAAGAAGACGAAGGACAUGUCGGACGAAGACGAAUAUUCAGCAGACGAUCCUGAGGAAGUCGAAGGUGUAUCCGAAGACGAAUGGACGCCCGAACCGGGAGCCGAGGGUGGCACCAAAAAGAGGCCGCAAAGAGCCGCCAAGAAAAGACAGCACUCCGAGGAAGAGGAAGACGAGGAAGAGGAAGAAGAGGAAGAAGAAGAAGAAGAUGAAGAGGAGGAUGAGGAGUCGGAUUCAGAUUCGGGCAAGAAACCAAAAAAGAAGAGACGUUCAAAGAAGGAGGAAGAAGACGAAGAUGACUCCGAUGACAACAGUUUUAAUGAACCUUCUGGCGUACCACCAAAGGAUUAUACCUCUGGCGCCUUUGUUGUCGCUAAAGCAGAUAUUAACGGAGAUACAGACCCUACCUUGUGGAGGAUAGAUGGCAAAGCACUUCUCCAAAAAUAUUUGCCUUGCAAAGAGGACGACAAAACUGUUUACAAAAGCACAUCCACGUAUUCUGGCUGGUCAGUAAACAACAAAGAUAAGUACUUGGCAGCACAGGUCACAUUCAAGGUCCAAAAUCGUCAUGAGACUAUCGUUGAGUUACACCUGGAUCGGCAACAACAGCAAGAAAUUGUCAAAGAAGAAAAAGAGGAUUAAGUGCAACACUACAAACAUCCUCGUAUUUGUUUAUAUAUGUUUUAAGAUAAAGUAAGGUAAACGCAGUUAGUAGAAAAGUGGUCUAACGUGUUUUAAUUAAUACCAAAAUGGAAAGAAAAACAUACUAGACUCCCAGAAAAUUUGUGCCGACUUUUCUAUAAUUACCGUAUUGUACUUCCAUACGAGUUUGGUAAUGCUGAGAUCUCGAAAUUCGAACACAAUUGAAUACUCGAAAACUGGGAUAGGCGAGUAAGUUUACUUUCUCCUGUGUUUUAAUCUAAUCAUGAUCAUAUUCCAGUAUAACAAUAGAACAAUUAUUUACGUUCUUUGGCAUUUUCUUUCAUCCUUGUUCCUUGAACUUUUAUUGGUAUUUCAACACCUCGAGUCUUAGCUGUUUGACAGUCUUUAGAGCUCAGUGCUAGUGUUAGGCCAUGCUACGCAACUGCAGCUAGUUGUAAGAAUAUCGAAAAUAAGAAAACACAACAUGAAAUUAAAAAACAUAAAAAAUAAUGAUUAAUCUAAAAAACUAGUAAAUAACAAAUCAAUUCUAACUGCAAGCAUCUUAUGUUUUGAUUUUAUAACACAGACGAAAGGGACCUGUUAAUUAGUCUUUCUAAAUAAAAUCUUAAGCAUUCAAAAUAACGCCGUCUUUGGCUGAGAAUUCAUUUAAAGGACAGCAUAUUAUUGAUAUUGAUAACGCUGCGUUGGGUUUUUCUAAAUUGGAAUUAAUCAAUUUCUUUUCAGUAUGGUUUUUUACUCUUGUGACCCCAACUGCGAAUAGGGUAAUCAAAUCUAAGAACCGUAUAAUUACGUACAUACAUAUAUCAUCAGCGGUACUAAUGAUGAUUGAAUCAUGGACGAUUAUUGAAAAUAAAAACUAUUUAUUACUCUUUCACAAAUUUGAACAUUCAGUCUCUUAUAUCGAUUCUUCAUAUAAAUGUGAACAUUUCCUGAUUACAUACUACUAUUGGAUAUGAAUUUGCAAAUGAUCAGUCAUUAAAGGAUGUCGAUCAUAUACUUUUACCAAGAGAUAAGUCUUCAAGCAAGAAAUGAAAUUCAUUUUAGAACAUUUACUGUCUGGUUGGACAAAAAUAUCUAUACAAGUAAUGUAGUAACUUAUUUCAAACAAAUAUGAAACUUGUACUGAAAUUGAUCCAAGCAAGUUCAUUAAACCAUAUCCUUUGUCAAGACGUAUAAAUUAAAUAAAUUUUCAAGACGAAACAAAUUAAAAUGGAAAAAGAUUUAUUGAUUAUAAAUGCGAAGUUAAUGUAUCGCGUAUAUAUCAUACUAAAUUGUGAAACAGGUUUCUAUAUGCAUUAAAAAGAAUGAAGCCACAAAGUUUUUCUGUAUUCAGUAUCCUGAUUAAUAAAUAGUCUGUUCUUACCAGGUUUAAAACGGUAAUCUUUCUUGCCUGUCUAAAUAAGCGACAUGUUUACUUAACUCGGAACCUUUUCCACCUCUUCCUCAAAGAAUAGCUUAUUUCAAAGUUAACGUUGUACCGUACAAAGUAAAGAUUAUACAUUUCAAAUGCUGGCCCACAAGCAUGAGAAAACAAUAAAACGUAUCAAUUAGAUAAUUUGAGAGACAUAUUUGGACUAUGAACAAACGGACUGUCGGUGAAGUACAUUUCCGUUUGAAGACAAAUCAUUGAUUGCCACUUGGUAAGAAGGAAAAUUCAAUAUUUUCAAAAUGUGGUUAACGUUCAUACGAAAUUGUUUUAUAAUAUAUGUAUCAG